AUGUCAUAUAAACUCACCAGAGAAGAUGUCACCUGGGGCGUUGAGGAGUCUGCGGCCAUUCGGGCUGCCGGUAACUCCAAUCCAGCCGUCCUCUGUGCUCUUUUGGAUUACCACAAGAGAAAACUUCGUGAACUAGCAGGGUGUUCUCCCAAUGCAAACAUAAGUGGGAGCAAUAUGGGCACCUACGAAUCUCCACUCACGGCAGCUAUUCGCGUUAAUUCACCGGAAAAUGUUCGAACGCUUCUGGCCAGUGGUGCAGAUCCCACAGGCAUCCACAUUUGGGAUUUAUCUGACUACUCUGCGAGGUUCAUGCGUGGUCGAGACGCCAAGGUCGACAUCUCGAGUUUUGGCCCGUGUCCUUCACGAUUGCAGAUUCUAGAAGUUGCAGCGAGCAAAGGAAUCAUCGAGCACACGCAGCCAUUGACCCAAGCUGAACUGGAUGAGCGACGCACUAGCUUCCCACGAUUUUGGACUGAGCCAAAUGUCCCAGGUCAGCGGCUAAGGAUGAACAAAGGCAUGACAGCCUUAGAAGUGGCUGCUAGCCUGGGCUUUGAGGAUCUCUUCGCGCUGGUUCGCGAAGCGGGGGCAGAUGAGUCUGCCUGGAUCAGCAUUUCCGGACAAGCCGAUUUCGAUGAUACUAAGCCAUCGUCACUAAGCGUCACAUCUCCUGUCCAUGAAGCCAUCGAAAAUGGUCAACACGCUAUGCUUGAACGGCUACUCAAUACUUAUCACUAUUCUCCCAAUUAUCGGGCAAUGGUAGCUCCCACAGUUGCUUUGCCGCCGCUUUCUUUUGCAUUGGGUCGAUGCGAUCCAAAUGAUCCUAACAUCAGGGCCUGUAUCAAACAUCUUCUUACGCAUCCAGAUAUCGAUUUAAACCUCCGCACCCCUAUCUUCGAAAUUCAUCCACUUCAUUUGGCAGUUGCUCGCCAUGACCCUGAGCUCCUAUCUUUCCUUCCCAUGCCACUUUCCAGCGCAGGCACGACGGCUCUAGGUCAUACAUUGCUUCACAUCGCCUCACUCCCACUCACCUCAAUGUCCAUGAACCGAGAAAUCCCUGAUGCUGUGCGAAGUGUUCACUGCGCCCGUACCCUAGACUCUAAGUGGCUUCCGCAUUCACAACCUAGUCCGCUGCACUUGGAAAUAACAGAGCAAGUGCCACACCGUUCUAUCAAAUCACCGACACCGAUGACACUUGCUGAGCGGGAUGCACAACUCAGCACUCUUCGCGUGCUUGCUGAUGCGGAGAUCGAUGUACGCGCCCAGGAUGUGGAUGGAAACACUGCACUGCACUAUCUUGCCACUGCCUUGGAUGGCGAUUACAGAGCCAUGCGGCUGCUACGAGAGAUGGAGGGGGGCGAAGAGAUUUACAAUAACUGUAAGAAUCGGGAGGACCUGACGCCCCGUGCCUUAUGGGAAGCUUGCAAUAAAGCGUGA